AUGGUUGAUAUCUUGAGAACAAGAACUCAGGCACUUGGGCAGGUUGAUGAGUGCUCAGCCUUGCUGCAGUUCAAGGAAAGCUUUGCAAUUAAGAAGUCUGUUUCUGCAGAUCCUCUUGCUUAUCCGAAGGUUUCAUUUUGGAAGCGAGAAGGAGAUGGGAAUCGGAGUAAUUGUUGUUCAUGGGAUGGUGUUGAGUGUGAUGAAGACUUUGGCCAUGUUGUCGGCCUUGAUCUCCGUAGCAGCUGUCUCUACGGUUCUAUCAAUUCCAGCAACACUCUCUUCCGCCUUGUUCACUUGCAGAGGCUUGACCUCUCAGAUAAUCACUUCAAUUUCUCUCAAAUACCAUCAAGAUUUGGUCAUGAUCUUUCGAGUCUAACAUAUCUCAACCUUUCAAAUUCCUUAUUCUCUGGCGAAAUUCCAUCAGAAAUUUCAAAGUUAUCGAAGCUGUCUACCCUUGAUAUGUCGCUCAAUUAUCAGAAAGCUGAUGAUAGUUUCCCUUUGAAACUGACCAAGGCCAACAUGAGAAGCCUGGUUCAGAACUUGACCGCCAUAAAACAACUUCAUCUUAGUCAGGUAGAGAUGUACUCCUCUGUGCCUGAUAUCUUGGUCAAUGCAUCUUCUCUCACAUCUCUCAAACUUGCGAAUUGUGGGUUGAAUGGGGAAUUCCCAAUUGGCAUCUUCCACCUACCAAACUUAGAGGUUCUGGAAGUGGAAGGUAACUCAAACCUCACCGGUUAUUUCCCCAACUUUAACAGGAGCAAUAAUCUCUUGAAGAAAUUGAAUGUUGCGUCCACAAAUUUCUCUGGCAUGCUACCUGCUUCUAUCGGAAACCUCCAUUCCUUAAAUUUGUUGGACAUCUCCUAUUGUAAGUUUUCCCACUAUCUUCCAUCUUCACUCGGAAACCUUCAUUCCUUAAAUUUGUUGGACAUCUCUUGGUGUCAUUUUUACCCCCUUAUUCCAUCUUCACUCGGAAACCUUACCCAGCUCAACUACCUUGACAUGAGUGGAUUUUAUGACGUUCCAAAUAAUAAUUCCACAGGCCAAUUAGUUUCUGAAUAUUCCUUGUCUUGGAUAGCCAAUUUAACCAACCUCUACAGUUUGCUCCUUGGGUCCACCAAAUUCAGGGGAAAAUUCCCAAGUUUUGUGGCUAACCUCACGCAACUUUCAUUUCUAUACUUGGAGAAUAACAAAAUAACUGGUCAAAUCCCAUCUUGGCUUAUGAAUUUGACCCAGUUAACUACUCUAUACCUCUGGGGUAACAAUUUGCAAGGAGCAAUUCCUAGGUCACUCUUCCAGCUCAAAAAUCUUAAAUUUCUUCACCUUAACUCUAAUAGCUUGAGUGGACAAGUUGAGUUUGAUCAGUUUUCCCAGCCCCAAAAGUUAAAGUAUCUUCGAUUAUCAUACAACAAGUUAUCUCUGAAGAUCAUAACCAAUUUGAGUGCUACUAUUCCACAGCUUCGAGCUCUAGAGUUGAAUUCAUGCAACUUAACAGAGUUUCCAGAAUUUUUAAAAUAUCAAUCCAAAUUGCAAGAGUUACAACUUAGCGACAACAACAUUCAAGGGCGAAUACCAAAAUGGGUGUGGAAUGCAACUAGAGAAACUUUGUUGAUUCUCAACCUCUCUUCCAACUUCUUAACGGGAUUUGACCAAAAUCCAAUCAAUCUUCCAUGGCAGAAUCUAUAUGAUUUAGAUCUCGGGACCAAUAUGUUACAAGGAUCACUGCCAAUUCCACCACAAUCAAUCAAAUACUAUAUGGUCGGCAGCAAUCAUUAUAGUGGAGAAAUUUCGCCAUCGUUCUGCAACUUGAAUCAUUUGCAGAUUCUUGAUUUGUCCUACAACGGCCUGAGUGGCAUGCUUCCACAAUGUUUGGGGAACUCCAGUGCUCUUGGAAUAUUGAUGCUGAAGAACAAUUCUUUUCAUGGCAGUAUUCCUCAUAUGUGUGCAGACGACAAUAGUUUGAAAAUGGUUGAUUUAAGUUACAAUCAGUUACAGGGGAAGAUACCAAGAUCAAUGGCCAAUUGCACUCAAUUAGAGUUUCUUAAUCUUGAAAACAAUCAGAUAAGCGACAUCUUCCCAUCUUGGUUAGGAGCACUUCCAGCAUUAAGGGCUCUCAUUUUGAGGUCCAAUCGAUUUCAUGGCAUGAUUGGGAAGUCUGCAACUAACCAUGACUUCCCAAAGUUGUGCAUCAUUGAUUUAUCUAACAACGGUUUUUCAGGUAUGUUACCCUCUAACUACUUAGAGAACUGGAAUUCCAUGAAAUUUGUUGACAAGAAUCAGCGAUCUUAUUUUGAAGUCCUUCUGAAGUCAGACGGCACAUCUAGAUAUUUCUAUCCUUAUCCAUACUCGAUCACGAUUUCUGCAAAAGGUGUUGAGUUGAAAUAUAUGAAGACCCCUUAUCUUCUAAGAUUGAUAGAUUUCUCAAGUAAUAGAUUUGAAGGAGAGAUUCCAGCAGGUGUCAUUGGGAAUCUAAGAGGCCUUAUUUUGCUUAACCUUUCCAACAACACUCUCACUGGUCUCAUCCCGUCAUCUUUAAGGAACUUGACGGCUCUUGAAUCAUUGGAUCUCUCCCGAAACCGGCUCUCAGGAAGGAUCCCCAGUAAUUUGGCACAACUCACUUUCCUCGCAUAUUUCAAUGUAUCCGAUAACCAUCUUUGGGGUCCUAUACCACUUGACCAACAAUUUGGUACAUUCCUAGAAGAUUCAUACCAAGGAAACUCAGGUCUGUGUGGAAAGCCUUUGUCAAAGAAAUGUGAUAGCUCAAUAUUGCCACCGCCAUCAGUCUUUGAAGAAGAUGAAGAUUCCGGGUUUCAAAUUGCACUAGAUUGGUAUGUGGUUCUGCCAGGAGUUGUUAGUGGUCUAAUAGUUGGAGUGGUUGCUGGGAACUUUUGGACAAGCAAGAAUCAUGAAUGGUUUUCAGAGAAAUUUAGCAGGAAGAGGCAGCCAAGAGGCACCCGGGGAAGGAGAGGACACAGAAACUAA